CGCCCCCUCCCGGGAGGCGGCGCUGGGCCGGUGGCAAGCCCCCGAAGGGAGCCGCAGUAGUACGACGGAAGAUGGCGACGAGCGGCGGCGAAGAGGCGGCGGCAGCGGCGCCGGCGCCCGGGGCCUCGGCCACUGGGGCGGACACGACCCCGGGCUGGGAGGUGGCGGUGCGGCCCCUGCUGUCCGCAUCCUACUCCGCCUUCGAGAUGAAGGAGUUGCCACAGCUGGUGGCCUCAGUCAUCGAGAGUGAAUCAGAAAUCCUGCACCAUGAGAAGCAGUACGAGCCAUUCUACUCAUCUUUUGUUGCACUUUCCACACACUAUAUCACAACAGUUUGCAGUCUCAUUCCCCGGAACCAACUCCAGUCAGUGGCAGCAGCCUGUAAAGUUCUAAUUGAGUUUUCUCUCCUGCGUCUGGAGAAUCCAGAUGAGGCUUGCGCUGUGUCCCAGAAACACUUGAUUCUCCUAAUCAAGGGCCUGUGCACUGGCUGUAGCCGACUAGAUAGAACUGAAAUUAUCACAUUUACAGCAAUGAUGAAAUCCGCCAAGCUGCCCCAAACAGUGAAGACACUUUCAGAUGUGGAAGAUCAGAAAGAGCUGGCCUCACCAGUAAGUCCUGAGUUGAGGCAAAAGGAGGUACAGAUGAAUUUUUUGAACCAGCUGACCUCAGUUUUUAACCCUAGAACUGUAGCAUCACAACCUAUCAGUCCACAGACUCUGGUGGAAGGAGAAAACGACGAGCAGUCAUCCACCGAUCAAGCCUCAGCUAUCAAAACCAAGAAUGUGUUCAUAGCUCAGAAUGUAGCUAGUCUUCAAGAGCUUGGUGGCUCAGAGAAGCUACUGCGUGUGUGUUUGAACCUGCCAUAUUUUCUGCGCUAUAUCAAUCGGUUCCAAGAUGCAGUGUUAGCUAAUUCCUUCUUCAUAAUGCCUGCAACAGUAGCAGAUGCCACUGCUGUUCGUAAUGGCUUUCAUUCACUGGUGAUUGAUGUAACUAUGGCAUUGGAUACCCUUUCUCUACCUGUGUUGGAACCUCUCAAUCCUUCUCGUCUACAAGAUGUGACAGUCCUUAGCCUAAGUUGUCUGUAUGCAGGUGUGAGUGUGGCGACCUGCAUGGCCAUCCUGCAUGUGGGUAGUGCCCAACAAGUGCGGACAGGGUCCACGAGCUCCAAAGAAGACGACUAUGAAAGUGACGCAGCUACAAUUGUCCAAAAAUGUCUUGAAAUCUAUGACAUGAUUGGACAAGCAAUCAGCAGUUCUCGCCGGGCUGGUGGGGAGCACUAUCAGAAUUUCCAGUUGCUAGGUGCUUGGUGCUUAUUAAACAGCCUUUUCCUCAUACUGAACCUCAGUCCUACUGCAUUGGCUGAUAAGGGGAAAGAGAAAGACCCGCUGGCUGCCCUCCGAGUCAGAGACAUCCUUUCUCGUACUAAAGAGGGAGUGGGCUCCCCUAAACUGGGGCCUGGAAAAGGGCAUCAGGGAUUUGGGGUACUCUCAGUAAUAUUGGCAAACCAUGCCAUCAAACUGCUAACGUCUCUCUUUCAAGACCUACAAGUGGAGGCCCUUCACAAGGGUUGGGAGACAGAUGGACCUCCUGCAGCCCUGAAUAUUAUGGCUCAGAGCACCUCCAUACAGAGGAUUCAACGGCUGAUUGACUCUGUCCCACUGAUGAACCUACUCUUGACGUUACUUUCAACUUCCUACAGAAAGGCAUGUGUCCUGCAGCGGCAGAGGAAGGGCUCCAUGAGCAGUGAUGCCAGUGCCUCUACUGACUCCAAUACUUACUAUGAGGAUGAUUUCAGUAGCACGGAGGAGGACAGCAGCCAAGAUGAUGACAGUGAACCUAUUUUGGGGCAAUGGUUUGAGGAGACUAUUUCUCCCAGUAAAGAGAAAGCAGCACCUCCACCCCCUCCCCCACCUCCUCCACUGGAAAGCUCUCCUCGGGUUAAAAGCCCUAGUAAGCAGACCUCUGGUGAGAAGGGCAACAUUUUGGCGAGUCGUAAAGAUCCUGAGUUGUUCUUAGGUCUGGCUUCCAACAUUUUGAACUUCAUCACCUCUUCCAUGUUGAACUCUCGGAACAAUUUUAUCCGAAACUAUCUGAGUGUAUCUCUUUCGGAACACCAUAUGGCCACCCUAGCCAGUAUCAUCAAGGAAGUAGACAAAGAUGGACUCAAGGGUUCAUCAGAUGAAGAGUUUGCCGCAGCUCUCUAUCACUUCAACCACUCUCUGGUAACCUCUGACCUUCAGUCACCUAACCUGCAGAACACACUGUUGCAGCAGCUGGGAGUGGCUCCUUUUUCUGAGGGCCCUUGGCCCUUGUACAUUCACCCUCAAAGCCUCUCUGUGCUUUCACGCCUCCUGCUCAUCUGGCAACAUAAAGCCAGUGCUCAAGGUGACCCUGACGUCCCUGAAUGCCUUAAAGUUUGGGACAGGUUUUUGUCUACAAUGAAGCAGAAUGCCCUGCAAGGUGUGGUACCCAAUGAGACAGAAGAUUUGAAUGUGGAACACCUGCAGCUGCUCCUCCUCAUUUUCCACAACUUCACUGAGACAGGCCGGCGGGCCAUAUUGACGCUUUUUGUCCAGAUCAUCCAGGAGUUGAGUGUUAACAUGGAUGUUCAGAUGCGCUCCGUGCCACUCAUCUUGGCUCGCCUCCUUCUCAUCUUUGAUUAUCUGCUUCAUCAGUACUCCAAAGCCCCUGUGUAUCUGUUUGAGCAGGUACAGCAUAACCUGCUAAGUCCUCCUUUUGGGUGGGCAAGUGGAUCCCAGGACAGCAACAGCCGCCGGGUGACCACUCCUCUCUAUCAUGGGUUCAAAGAAGUAGAGGAAAACUGGUCUAAACAUUUCUCAUCAGAUGCUGUCCCACAACCCAGAUUCUACUGUGUCCUGUCCCCAGAAGCCUCAGAGGAUGAUUUGAAUCGACUUGAUUCUGUGGCAUGUGAUGUCCUUUUCUCCAAGCUUGUCAAGUAUGAUGAGCUUUAUGCUGCACUGACAACCCUGCUUGCAGCUGGGUCCCAGCUUGAUACAGUGAGGAGAAAGGAAAACAAGAAUGUAACAGCCUUGGAGGCCUGUGCCCUUCAGUAUUACUUUUUGAUAUUGUGGAGGAUCCUAGGAAUUUUGCCACCGUCAAAGACUUACAUUAACCAGCUAUCGAUGAACUCACCUGAGAUGAGUGAAUGUGACAUCUUGCACACUCUGCGAUGGUCUUCUCGGCUCCGGAUCACCUCCUAUGUCAACUGGAUAAAGGAUCACCUUAUCAAACAGGGAAUGAAGGCUGAGCAUGCUAGCUCACUCCUAGAGCUGGCAUCCACUGCCAAAUGUAGCUCAGUGAAAUAUGAUGUUGAAAUAGUGGAGGAAUACUUCGCUCGACAGAUCUCAUCCUUCUGUAGUAUCGACUGUACCACCAUCUUGCAGCUGCAUGAAAUUCCAAGUCUGCAGUCCAUCUACACCCUUGAUGCUGCCAUCUCAAAGGUCCAGGUCUCUUUGGAUGAGCAUUUUUCUAAGAUGGCUGCUGAGACCGAUCCUCAUAAGUCGUCUGAGAUUACCAAGAACCUACUUCCAGCCACGCUACAACUCAUUGACACCUACGCAUCAUUUACCAGAGCCUAUUUGCUGCAGAACUUUAAUGAAGAGGGAACAACUGAGAAACCUUCCAAGGAGAAACUGCAAGGCUUUGCUGCCGUUUUGGCUAUUGGCUCUAGUAGGUGCAAGGCAAAUACUCUGGGUCCGACACUGGUUCAGAAUUUACCAUCGUCAGUGCAGGCUGUGUGUGAGUCCUGGAACAACAUCAAUACCAAUGAAUUUCCCAAUAUUGGAUCCUGGCGCAAUGCCUUUGCCAAUGACACCAUCCCUUCAGAGAGUUAUAUCAGUGCAGUGCAGGCUGCACACUUGGGGACUCUCUGUAGCCAAAGUCUGCCGCUGGCUGCUUCCCUGAAGCACACCCUCCUCUCCCUGGUCAGGUUGACUGGAGAUCUCAUUGUUUGGUCGGAUGAGAUGAACCCACCACAGGUAAUUCGGACUCUGCUACCUCUUCUUUUGGAAUCAAGCACUGAGAGUGUUGCUGAGAUCAGUAGCAACUCCCUGGAACGCAUCUUGGGCCCUGCUGAGUCUGAUGAGUUCUUGGCGCGUGUUUAUGAGAAGCUGAUCACUGGUUGUUACAACAUUCUGGCCAAUCAUGCGGAUCCUAACAGUGGACUGGAUGAAUCCAUCCUGGAGGAAUGUCUUCAGUACUUGGAAAAGCAGCUGGAAAGCAGCCAGGCUCGUAAAGCUAUGGAGGAGUUUUUCUCUGACAGUGGAGAACUUGUACAGAUCAUGAUGGCAACAGCCAAUGAGAACCUCUCUGCUAAAUUCUGUAACCGAGUUUUGAAAUUCUUCACCAAACUCUUCCAGCUGACUGAGAAGAGCCCUAACCCGAGCCUGUUGCAUCUCUGCGGCUCCCUGGCACAGCUGGCCUGUGUGGAGCCUGUGCGCCUGCAGGCCUGGCUCACCCGCAUGACUACAUCACCCCCAAAAGAUUCUGAUCAGCUGGAUGUAAUUCAGGAGAAUCGGCAGCUGCUGCAGUUACUGACUACAUACAUUGUUCGGGAAAACAGCCAAGUUGGGGAAGGCGUGUGUGCUGUUCUUCUGGGUACCCUGACCCCCAUGGCAACAGAGAUGCUGGCCAAUGGUGAUGGGACUGGCUUCCCUGAACUCAUGGUUGUGAUGGCCACCCUAGCCAGUGCAGGUCAAGGUGCUGGUCACCUUCAGCUCCACAAUGCUGCUGUGGAUUGGCUGAGCAGAUGCAAGAAAUACCUGUCACAGAAGAAUGUGGUUGAAAAACUGAAUGCCAAUGUAAUGCAUGGAAAGCAUGUGACAAUCUUAGAGUGCACGUGCCAUAUCAUGUCUUACUUGGCUGAUGUCACGAAUGCCCUGAGCCAGAGUAAUGGUCAAGGCCCAAGUCAUCUCUCAGUGGAUGGGGAAGAGCGGGCCAUUGAAGUAGACUCAGACUGGGUGGAGGAGUUGGCUGUGGAAGAGGAAGAUUCCCAGGCUGAGGAUUCAGAUGAAGAUUCUCUUUGCAACAAACUCUGCACUUUUACGAUUACACAGAAAGAAUUCAUGAACCAGCAUUGGUACCACUGUCACACCUGCAAAAUGGUGGAUGGGGUGGGUGUCUGCACAGUGUGUGCUAAGGUGUGCCACAAAGAUCAUGAGAUUUCCUAUGCCAAGUAUGGAUCCUUCUUCUGUGACUGUGGAGCCAAAGAAGAUGGCAGCUGUUUGGCACUGGUGAAGAGAACUCCUAGCAGCGGCAUGAGCUCUACCAUGAAGGAGUCAGCAUUUCAGAGUGAACCCAGGAUUUCAGAGAGUCUAGUGCGCCAUGCCAGCACCUCACCAGCUGACAAAGCCAAGGUUACCAUCAGUGAUGGAAAGGUUGCUGACGAAGAGAAGCCCAAGAAGAGCAGCCUGUGCCGCACAGUGGAGGGCUGCCGGGAGGAGUUACAGAAUCAGGCCAAUUUUUCCUUCGCUCCUCUCGUGUUAGACAUGCUCAAUUUCCUUAUGGAUGCCAUUCAGACCAACUUCCAGCAAGCUUCAGCCGUGGGGAGCAGUAGCCGCGCUCAGCAAGCCCUCAGUGAGCUCCACACAGUAGAGAAGGCAGUGGAGAUGACAGACCAGCUGAUGGUUCCUACCUUAGGCUCCCAGGAAGGUGCUUUUGAGAACGUGCGGAUGAAUUACAGUGGCGACCAGGGCCAGACCAUCCGGCAGCUGAUUAGCGCUCAUGUGCUCAGGCGGGUGGCUAUGUGUGUGCUCUCCUCUCCCCAUGGGCGCCGCCAACAUUUGGCUGUCAGCCAUGAGAAGGGCAAGAUCACUGUUCUGCAGCUUUCUGCUCUCCUGAAGCAAGCAGAUUCCAGCAAAAGGAAAUUGACUCUUACCCGCUUGGCUUCUGCCCCAGUUCCUUUCACUGUGUUGAGCCUCACAGGAAAUCCCUGCAAGGAAGACUACCUGGCGGUUUGUGGGCUAAAGGACUGCCAUGUGCUCACCUUUGGUAGCUCAGGCUCUGUUUCGGAUCACUUGGUUUUGCACCCUCAGUUGGCAACGGGGAACUUCAUCAUCAAAGCCGUGUGGUUGCCUGGUUCACAGACCGAGUUAGCAAUUGUCACUGCGGACUUUGUUAAGAUAUAUGACCUGUCUGUUGAUGCCUUGAGUCCAACCUUCUACUUUCUCCUACCAAGCUCCAAGAUAAGAGACGUUACUUUCCUUUUCAACGAGGAGGGAAAGAACAUCAUUGUUAUAAUGUCUUCGGCUGGGUACAUCUAUACUCAGCUCAUGGAAGAGGCCAGCAGUGCCCAGCAGGGACCCUUCUAUGUCACGAAUGUGCUGGAAAUCAAUCAUGAGGACCUGAAGGACAGUAACAGCCAGGUGGCAGGUGGUGGUGUGUCCGUGUACUACUCCCACGUAUUGCAGAUGUUGUUCUUCAGCUACUGUCAAGGCAAAUCAUUUGCAGCCACCAUCAGCAGGACAACCCUGGAGGUGUUGCAGCUCUUCCCCAUCAACAUCAAAAGUUCCAAUGGUGGCAGUAAGACGUCUCCUGCCCUUUGCCAGUGGUCUGAGGUGAUGAACCACCCUGGCUUGGUGUGCUGUGUCCAGCAAACUACAGGGGUGCCGCUGGUAGUCAUGGUGAAACCAGACACUUUUCUUAUCCAGGAGAUUAAGACUCUUCCUGCUAAAGCAAAGAUCCAAGACAUGGUUGCCAUUAGGCAUACGGCCUGCAAUGAGCAGCAACGGACAACAAUGAUUCUGCUGUGUGAGGACGGCAGCCUGCGCAUUUACAUGGCCAACGUGGAGAACACCUCCUACUGGCUGCAGCCAUCCCUGCAGCCCAGCAGUGUCAUCAGCAUCAUGAAGCCUGUUCGAAAGCGCAAAACAGCUACAAUCACAACCCGCACGUCUAGCCAGGUGACUUUCCCCAUUGACUUUUUUGAACACAACCAGCAGCUGACAGAUGUGGAGUUUGGUGGUAAUGACCUCCUCCAGGUCUACAAUGCACAACAGAUAAAACACCGGCUGAAUUCCACUGGCAUGUAUGUGGCCAACACCAAGCCUGGAGGCUUCACCAUUGAGAUUAGUAACAACAAUAGCACUAUGGUGAUGACAGGCAUGCGGAUCCAGAUUGGGACUCAAGCAAUAGAACGGGCCCCAUCGUAUAUCGAGAUCUUCGGCAGAACUAUGCAGCUCAACCUGAGUCGCUCACGCUGGUUUGACUUCCCCUUUACCAGAGAAGAAGCCCUGCAGGCUGAUAAGAAGCUGAACCUCUUCAUAGGGGCCUCGGUGGAUCCAGCAGGUGUCACCAUGAUAGACGCUGUAAAAAUUUAUGGCAAGACUAAGGAACAGUUUGGCUGGCCUGAUGAGCCCCCAGAGGAAUUCCCUUCUGCCUCUGUCAGUAACAUCUGCCCUUCAAACCUGAACCAGAGCAACGGCACUGGAGAUAGCGACUCAGCUGCGCCCACUACGACCAGUGGAACUGUCCUGGAGAGGCUGGUUGUGAGUUCUUUAGAAGCCCUGGAAAGCUGCUUUGCUGUUGGCCCAAUCAUCGAGAAGGAGAGAAACAAGAAUGCCGCUCAGGAGCUGGCCACUUUGCUGCUGUCCCUGCCGGCACCUGCCAGCGUCCAGCAGCAAUCCAAGAGCCUUCUGGCCAGCCUGCACACCAGCCGCUCGGCCUACCACAGCCACAAGGAUCAGGCCUUGCUCAGCAAAGCUGUGCAGUGUCUCAACACAUCCAGCAAAGAAGGGAAGGAUUUGGACCCCGAGGUGUUCCAGAGGCUAGUGAUCACAGCUCGCUCCAUUGCCAUCAUGCGCCCCAACAACCUUGUCCACUUUACGGAGUCAAAGCUGCCCCAGACGGAAACAGAAGGAAUGGAUGAGGGGAAAGAACCGCAGAAGCAGUUGGAAGGAGAUUGCUGUAGUUUCAUCACCCAGCUUGUGAACCACUUCUGGAAACUCCAUGCAUCCAAACCGAAGAAUGCCUUCUUGGCACCUGCCUGCCUUCCAGGCCUAACUCAUAUUGAAGCAACUGUCAAUGCUCUGGUGGACAUCAUCCAUGGCUACUGUACCUGUGAGCUGGAUUGUAUCAACACAGCUUCCAAGAUCUACAUGCAGAUGCUCUUGUGCCCUGAUCCUGCUGUGAGCUUCUCUUGUAAACAAGCUCUCAUUCGAGUCCUAAGGCCCAGGAACAAACGGAGACAUGUGACUUUACCCUCUUCCCCUCGAAGCAACACUCCAAUGGGAGACAAGGAUGAUGAUGACGAUGAUGACGCAGAUGAGAAAAUGCAGUCAUCAGGGAUCCCGAAUGGUGGUCACAUCCGUCAGGAAAGCCAGGAACAGAGUGAGGUGGACCAUGGAGAUUUUGAGAUGGUGUCUGAGUCGAUGGUCCUGGAGACAGCUGAAAAUGUCAACAAUGGCAACCCCUCUCCCCUGGAGGCCCUGCUGGCAGGCGCAGAGGGCUUCCCCCCAAUGCUGGACAUCCCGCCUGAUGCAGAUGACGAGACCAUGGUUGAACUAGCCAUUGCCCUGAGCCUGCAGCAGGACCAACAAGGCAGCAGCAGCAGUGCCCUGGGCCUGCAGAGCCUGGGACUGUCCGGCCAGGCACCCAGCUCUUCCUCUCUGGACGCAGGAACCCUCUCUGACACCACAGCAUCAGGUAACUGUCCACAGCAAGGAGCACGGCUCAGGGCCCCAGGACCCUCAGGCCUUGUUUCCACUGCUGUGAGAGUGGAAAGCUACAAGAAGCUGGAUUGUACUUCGGAAUUCUUGGUUGGUGUGACCAAGGAUCAGGGAUCUCGUAGUGCUGGGGGGGUCUUACUUAGCUUUACAUAUAAGAAAAAAAAAUCUAAUGCUACCAGUUAUUGUCUAACUAUUGCUGCUGCUUUAGAAUGCACUGGGCUCCAUCAUGCUUUGGGAGUUGACUUGUGCUUUUUAAACCAUUUUCCUUUAGUGUCCGGCCGGAGCAGUGCUUAUGGUGAUGCUACAGCCGAGGGGCAUCCAGCUGGACCAGGAAGUGUCAGCUCAAGCACUGGAGCCAUCAGCACCACCACUGGGCACCAGGAGGGAGAUGGCUCUGAGGGAGAAGGAGAAGGGGAAGCUGAAGGAGAUGUCCACACUAGCAACAGGCUGCACAUGGUCCGUCUAAUGCUGUUGGAGAGAUUACUUCAGACCCUGCCUCAGUUACGAAACGUUGGCGGUGUCCGGGCCAUCCCGUACAUGCAGGUCAUUCUAAUGCUCACUACAGAUCUGGAUGGAGAAGAUGAGAAAGACAAGGGGGCCCUAGACAACCUGCUCUCCCAGCUUAUUGCUGAGUUGGGUAUGGAUAAAAAGGAUGUCUCUAAGAAGAAUGAGCGCAGCGCCCUGAAUGAAGUCCAUCUGGUAGUAAUGAGACUCCUGAGUGUCUUCAUGUCCCGCACCAAAUCUGGAUCCAAGUCUUCCAUAUGUGAGUCAUCUUCUCUCAUCUCCAGUGCCACAGCAGCAGCUCUCCUGAGCUCUGGGGCUGUGGACUACUGCCUGCAUGUGCUGAAAUCACUGCUGGAAUAUUGGAAGAGCCAACAGAAUGAUGAGGAGCCUGUGGCUACCAGCCAGUUGCUGAAACCACAUACUACCUCCUCCCCACCUGACAUGAGCCCAUUCUUUCUCCGCCAGUAUGUGAAGGGUCAUGCUGCUGAUGUGUUUGAGGCCUAUACUCAGCUUCUAACAGAAAUGGUACUGAGGCUUCCCUACCAAAUCAAAAAGAUCGCUGACACCAAUUCUCGAAUCCCUCCUCCUGUCUUUGACCAUUCAUGGUUUUACUUUCUCUCCGAGUACCUAAUGAUCCAGCAGACUCCAUUUGUGCGGCGUCAAGUCCGCAAACUUCUGCUCUUCAUCUGUGGAUCCAAAGAGAAGUACCGACAGCUCCGGGAUUUGCACACCCUGGACUCUCACGUGCGUGGGAUCAAGAAGCUGCUGGAAGAGCAGGGGAUAUUCCUCCGGGCAAGUGUGGUUACAGCCAGCUCAGGCUCCGCCUUGCAAUAUGACACACUCAUCAGCCUGAUGGAGCACCUGAAAGCCUGUGCAGAGAUUGCCGCCCAGCGAACCAUCAACUGGCAGAAAUUCUGCAUUAAAGACGACUCCGUCCUGUACUUCCUCCUCCAACUCAGUUUCCUUGUGGACGAGGGCGUGUCCCCAGUGCUGCUGCAGCUGCUCUCCUGUGCUCUGUGCGGUAGCAAAGUGCUCGCUGCACUGGCAGCCUCUGCGGGGUCCUCCAGUGCUUCUUCCUCCUCAGCCCCUGUGGCUGCCAGCUCCGGACAAGCCACAACACAGUCCAAGUCUUCCACUAAAAAGAGCAAGAAAGAAGAAAAAGAAAAGGAGAAAGACGGUGAAAGCUCUGGCAGCCAGGAGGACCAACUGUGCACAGCUCUGGUGAACCAGCUGAACAAAGUUGCUGAUAAGGAAACCCUGAUCCAGUUCCUGCGUUGCUUCCUGUUAGAGUCCAAUUCUUCCUCAGUGCGCUGGCAGGCGCACUGCCUGACGCUGCACAUCUACAGAAAUUCCAGCAAAUCUCAACAGGAGCUCCUGCUAGAUCUGAUGUGGGCCAUCUGGCCAGAACUCCCAGCCUAUGGUCGUAAGGCUGCCCAGUUUGUGGACCUGCUAGGCUAUUUCUCCCUGAAAACGCCACAAACGGAGAAAAAGUUGAAGGAGUAUUCACAGAAGGCUGUGGAGAUUCUGCGGACUCAAAACCAUAUUCUUACCAACCACCCCAACUCCAACAUUUAUAACACUUUGUCUGGCUUAGUGGAGUUUGAUGGAUAUUACCUGGAGAGCGAUCCCUGCCUGGUGUGUAAUAAUCCAGAAGUACCGUUCUGUUAUAUCAAGCUCUCUUCCAUUAAAGUGGACACGCGGUACACCACCACCCAGCAGGUUGUGAAGCUAAUUGGCAGUCACACCAUCAGCAAAGUGACAGUGAAAAUCGGGGAUCUGAAACGAACCAAGAUGGUGCGGACCAUCAACCUGUAUUAUAACAACCGAACCGUGCAGGCCAUCGUGGAGUUGAAAAACAAGCCAGCUCGCUGGCACAAAGCCAAGAAAGUUCAGCUGACCCCUGGGCAGACAGAGGUGAAGAUUGACCUUCCGUUGCCCAUUGUGGCCUCCAACCUGAUGAUUGAGUUUGCAGACUUCUACGAAAACUACCAGGCCUCCACAGAGACCCUGCAGUGCCCACGCUGUAGUGCCUCAGUCCCUGCCAACCCAGGAGUCUGUGGCAACUGUGGGGAGAAUGUAUACCAGUGUCACAAAUGCAGAUCCAUCAACUAUGAUGAAAAGGAUCCCUUCCUCUGCAAUGCCUGUGGCUUCUGUAAAUAUGCCCGCUUCGACUUCAUGCUGUAUGCCAAGCCUUGCUGUGCAGUGGAUCCCAUUGAAAAUGAAGAAGAUCGGAAGAAGGCUGUAUCCAACAUCAAUACACUUUUGGACAAAGCUGAUAGAGUGUAUCAUCAGCUGAUGGGACACCGGCCACAGCUGGAGAACCUGCUCUGCAAAGUGAAUGAGGCAGCUCCAGAAAAGCCACAGGAUGACUCAGGAACAGCAGGGGGCAUCAGCUCCACUUCUGCCAGUGUGAAUCGUUAUAUCCUGCAGUUGGCUCAGGAGUACUGUGGAGACUGCAAGAACUCUUUUGAUGAACUCUCCAAAAUCAUCCAGAAAGUCUUUGCUUCGCGUAAAGAGUUGUUGGAAUACGACCUACAGCAGAGGGAAGCAGCCACUAAAUCAUCCCGGACCUCCGUGCAGCCCACGUUCACUGCCAGCCAGUACCGUGCCUUAUCUGUCCUGGGCUGUGGCCACACAUCCUCCACCAAGUGCUACGGUUGCGCCUCGGCUGUUACAGAACAUUGUAUCACACUACUUCGGGCCCUGGCCACCAACCCAGCCUUGAGGCACAUCCUUGUCUCCCAGGGCCUUAUACGGGAGCUCUUUGAUUAUAAUCUUCGUCGAGGGGCUGCGGCCAUGCGGGAGGAGGUCCGCCAGCUCAUGUGCCUCCUAACUCGAGACAACCCGGAAGCCACCCAGCAGAUGAAUGACCUGAUUAUUGGCAAGGUCUCCACAGCCCUGAAGGGCCACUGGGCCAACCCUGAUCUGGCAAGUAGCCUGCAGUAUGAAAUGCUGCUGCUGACGGAUUCUAUCUCCAAGGAGGACAGCUGCUGGGAGCUUCGGUUACGCUGUGCGCUCAGCCUUUUCCUCAUGGCUGUGAACAUUAAGACUCCUGUGGUGGUUGAGAACAUUACCCUCAUGUGCCUGCGGAUCUUGCAGAAGCUGAUUAAGCCACCUGCUCCCACUAGCAAAAAGAACAAGGAUGUCCCUGUCGAGGCCCUCACCACGGUGAAACCAUACUGCAAUGAGAUCCAUGCCCAGGCUCAACUGUGGCUCAAGAGAGACCCCAAGGCAUCUUAUGAUGCCUGGAAGAAGUGUCUUCCUAUCAGAGGGAUGGAUGGCAAUGGGAAAGCCCCCAGCAAAUCAGAGCUCCGCCAUCUCUAUUUGACUGAGAAGUAUGUGUGGAGGUGGAAACAGUUCCUGAGUCGUCGGGGGAAGAGGACCUCCCCCUUGGAUCUCAAACUGGGACAUAACAACUGGCUGCGCCAAGUGCUUUUCACUCCAGCAACGCAGGCUGCACGCCAGGCAGCCUGUACCAUUGUGGAAGCUCUAGCCACCAUUCCCAGCCGCAAGCAGCAGGUCCUGGAUCUGCUUACCAGUUACCUGGACGAGCUGAGCAUAGCUGGGGAGUGUGCGGCCGAGUACCUGGCUCUCUACCAGAAGCUCAUCACUUCCGCACACUGGAAAGUCUACUUGGCAGCUCGGGGAGUCCUACCCUAUGUGGGCAACCUCAUCACUAAGGAAAUAGCCCGUCUGCUGGCCCUGGAGGAGGCUACCCUGAGCACCGAUCUGCAGCAGGGCUAUGCUCUUAAAAGUCUCACAGGCCUUCUCUCCUCCUUUGUUGAGGUGGAAUCCAUCAAAAGACAUUUUAAAAGUCGCUUGGUGGGUACUGUGCUGAAUGGAUACCUGUGCUUGCGAAAACUGGUGGUGCAGAGGACCAAGCUGAUUGAUGAGACACAGGACAUGCUGCUGGAGAUGCUGGAAGACAUGACCACAGGUACAGAAUCAGAAACCAAGGCCUUCAUGGCUGUGUGCAUUGAGACAGCCAAGCGCUACAACCUGGAUGACUACCGGACCCCGGUGUUCAUCUUUGAGAGGCUCUGCAGCAUCAUUUAUCCCGAGGAGAAUGAAGUCACUGAGUUCUUUGUGACCCUGGAGAAGGAUCCCCAACAAGAAGACUUCUUACAGGGCAGGAUGCCUGGGAACCCAUAUAGCAGCAAUGAGCCAGGCAUCGGGCCACUGAUGAGGGAUAUAAAGAACAAGAUUUGCCAGGACUGUGAUUUGGUGGCCCUCCUGGAAGAUGACAGUGGCAUGGAGCUUCUAGUGAACAAUAAAAUCAUUAGUUUGGACCUUCCUGUGGCUGAAGUUUACAAAAAAGUUUGGUGUACCACGAAUGAGGGAGAGCCCAUGAGGAUUGUUUAUCGUAUGCGGGGGCUGCUGGGAGAUGCCACAGAGGAGUUCAUUGAGUCCCUGGACUCUACCACAGAUGAAGAAGAAGAUGAAGAAGAAGUGUACAAAAUGGCUGGUGUGAUGGCUCAGUGUGGGGGCCUGGAAUGCAUGCUUAACAGACUCGCCGGGAUCCGAGAUUUCAAGCAGGGACGCCACCUUCUAACGGUGCUACUGAAAUUGUUCAGUUACUGCGUGAAGGUGAAAGUCAACCGGCAGCAACUGGUCAAACUGGAAAUGAACACCUUGAAUGUCAUGCUGGGGACUUUAAACUUGGCGCUUGUAGCGGAACAAGAAAGCAAGGACAGUGGGGGCGCAGCUGUGGCUGAGCAGGUGCUUAGCAUCAUGGAGAUCAUUCUUGAUGAGUCCAAUGCUGAGCCUCUGAGUGAGGACAAGGGCAACCUCCUCCUGACAGGUGACAAGGAUCAACUCGUGAUGCUCUUGGACCAGAUCAACAGCACCUUCGUCCGCUCCAACCCCAGCGUGCUCCAGGGCCUGCUUCGCAUCAUCCCGUACCUUUCCUUUGGAGAGGUGGAGAAAAUGCAGAUCUUGGUGGAGCGAUUCAAACCAUACUGCAACUUUGAUAAGUAUGAUGAAGAUCACAGUGGCGAUGAUAAAGUCUUCCUGGACUGCUUCUGUAAAAUAGCUGCUGGCAUCAAGAACAACAGCAAUGGGCACCAGCUGAAGGAUCUGAUUCUCCAGAAGGGGAUCACCCAGAAUGCGCUUGACUACAUGAAAAAGCACAUCCCUAGCGCCAAGAACUUGGAUGCCGACAUCUGGAAAAAGUUUUUGUCUCGCCCAGCCUUGCCGUUUAUCCUGAGGCUGCUUCGGGGCCUGGCCAUCCAGCACCCUGCCACCCAGGUUCUGAUUGGAACCGACUCCAUCCCAAACCUGCAUAAGCUGGAGCAGGUGUCCAGUGAUGAGGGCAUUGGGACUCUGGCAGAGAACCUGCUGGAAGCCCUGCGGGAACACCCUGAUGUAAACAAGAAGAUUGACGCGGCCCGCAGGGAGACCCGGGCGGAGAAGAAGCGCAUGGCCAUGGCAAUGAGGCAGAAGGCUCUGGGCACCCUGGGCAUGACGACAAAUGAAAAGGGCCAGGUCGUAACCAAGACGGCACUCCUGAAGCAGAUGGAAGAGCUGAUCGAGGAACCUGGCCUCACAUGCUGCAUCUGCAGGGAGGGAUACAAGUUCCAGCCCACGAAGGUCCUGGGCAUUUAUACCUUCACAAAGCGGGUAGCCUUGGAGGAGAUGGAGAAUAAGCCCCGGAAACAGCAGGGCUACAGCACCGUGUCCCACUUCAACAUCGUGCACUACGACUGCCACCUGGCUGCCGUCAGGUUGGCUCGAGGCCGGGAAGAGUGGGAAAGUGCCGCCCUUCAGAAUGCCAACACCAAGUGCAAUGGGCUCCUUCCGGUCUGGGGGCCUCACGUCCCUGAAUCAGCUUUUGCCACUUGCUUGGCGAGACACAACACUUACCUCCAGGAAUGUACAGGCCAGCGGGAGCCCACGUACCAGCUCAACAUCCAUGACAUCAAACUGCUCUUCCUGCGGUUCGCCAUGGAGCAGUCAUUCAGCGCAGAUACCGGCGGGGGCGGCCGGGAGAGCAACAUCCACCUGAUCCCCUACAUCAUUCACACUGUGCUUUAUGUCCUGAACACAACCCGAGCAACUUCCCGAGAAGAGAAGAACCUCCAAGGCUUUCUGGAGCAGCCCAAGGAGAAGUGGGUGGAGAGUGCCUUUGAAGUGGACGGGCCCCACUAUUUCACAGUCCUAGCCCUUCACAUCCUGCCCCCUGAGCAGUGGAGAGCCACACGUGUGGAAAUCUUGCGGAGGCUGCUGGUGACCUCGCAGGCCCGGUCAGUGGCUCCAGGUGGAGCUACCAGGCUGACAGAUAAGGCAGUGAAGGACUAUUCUGCCUACCGUUCUUCCCUUCUCUUUUGGGCCCUCGUCGAUCUCAUUUACAACAUGUUUAAGAAGGUGCCUACCAGUAAUACAGAGGGAGGCUGGUCCUGCUCUCUCGCUGAGUACAUCCGCCACAAUGACAUGCCUAUUUACGAAGCUGCCGACAAAGCCCUGAAAACCUUCCAGGAGGAGUUCAUGCCGGUGGAAACCUUCUCAGAGUUCCUCGACGUGGCUGGUCUUUUAUCAGAAAUAACUGAUCCCGAGAGCUUCCUGAAGGACCUGUUGAACUCAGUCCCCUGACCACCACACAGAAGCUGCAGUGGCGAAGAUAGAAGCUGGCCUGCCUUCCAACCUCUUCUCCCUCCUCGUGCGUUGAGCUCCCCCCGAGGGAUGCUACAUUGUGACCCUGCCCUCCCCUCUCUCAUUUUUCUUGGCGUGGCUUGGGGUUUUUAGGCUUCCUGUUUUAUCCUGUGUGUGUGGUGCACUAGCUCUGAAGUUGUCUGUAACCCACGCCAUCAGCCGGCCUGUACAUACCGAGGAGCCGUGAGUUGCCCUGGCCAGCCUCAUACGUGAGUGUGCACAUCUUGAGGAAUAAACAAACGACUUAACACACAUGAAAAAGAAGGUGUUGCCUGCUGCUUCAGCUCAUCCUCAGUGGCACUGGCCACAUGGUUUCCCUUGAAUGCACAGCCAUUUCCUGCAUCAGCACGGGAAGACUCAUGUCAGAGUCGGUCUCCAGGCCUGCUCUCAGCGCCAAAUGGAACCUGUCUAUUUUUGGCCAGCGAGUUGGGGCACCACAUUUGAUGGUUAUGGUUUUUCCCAAAACAAAGCCCAUGCCUUGCUCUUAAUUUUUGGCUUUAAGAGCUGGAACCCAAAGACACGUGGAGCCCAGUGGUUUUUAGCCCUGGGCCAAAGGGAGGCUCCAUGGAGCAGGGCACACUCUUGUUGGACCACAAAGGCCUUGGGAGAAUUUGACAUUCUCAUGCUAGCCACGAAUCAGGAAUCCCUUGGUGACUUCUCUUCAGGACUGUCAUAUUAAGAGAGGCCUGGGGCAGAAUUAGGAUCAGAAUAAAGAGCAUGGCUGCUAUUUA